AUGGUCUCCAGAAAUCAACACAGCGAUGGCAUCAAGAGGAACUGGAAGUGUGCCCUCAUAUGCGUCGGCAUGGCAUUUGCCAUGGCCCAGUAUGGAGUCGACGUCACCGCCGUAGGAGCUUUCCAGAGCAUGCCCGGCUUUCUAAUGACCUUCGGAUAUCCUGACCCUCAGCUAAAAGGGGGUUGGGGUAUUUCUACCACCGACCAGCAGUUGAUCACCUCGUUCUUGAACCUAGGAACCAUAAUCGGCGUUCUGUUCAUCGUCCCUUUUAGUCGAUACUUUGGUCGCAGACACGGGAUAUGGAUGGGUUCCAUCCUCUCCUUCGCCUCAUGCGUCACUCAAAUCGUAUCGACCUCAAUUCCCGGCUUGUGCGUUGGAAGAGCCCUUAUGGGCGCGUCGAAUGCCUUCUUCAUCACCUUCUGCAAUACGUACAUCGUGGAAUGUGCGCCGCCCAACUUGCGCGCCAUCUGCUCGGCUAUGUUCGCUAUUACUAUGAACGUCGGAACCAUCAUCGGAGCUACCGUCGACGAGAAUACGUCUCAUAUGAUGAACAAACUAUCGUACCAAAUCCCGCUAGCCUGUCUGUUCAUAUUCCCGGUUUUCCUGGGCGUCUUCAUGUUCUUUAUCCCCGAGUCACCUCGAUGGUUGAUGCUGCACGACCGCCGCGAAGAGGCAAUACGUUCACUCGCUUUUCUACGAGACGAUUCCUUAGAGUCAGACCUUGUCCAUGAAGAGAUAGUCGAGAUCGUUCGUGGCGUGGAAGAAGAGAAGUUAAAUGCAUCCUCGUCGAGUAUUACGGAUAUUUUCAAGGGAUCAAAUCUACGUCGCACGCUCAUCUGCCUGUCUGUUGUCGUGUCACGAACAUCAUCAGGAACAUGGGUCCUCUUGUCUUACGGCACAUACUUCUUCCAGCAAGCAGGCGUAGAUGACGUCUUUAGGAUUGGAAUCUACAUGAUGUUAUUAGCGUUCGCCAGUGUCGGAGCCGGCAUAUUUUUCGCGUAUAAGGUCUUUGGUCGUCGUACUAUGCUCCUCAUAGGCACAGGAGGAGCAGUGAUAUCCAUGCUCGGCUCGGCGCUGGGAGCUACGAUCGCACCCGAAACGGCGGCGUCCGCGAAAACCUUUCUGGCGUUCAACUUCUUCUACGUUGUUCUCUAUGGCGGUUUCGCAGGCUCGAUGACGUGGCCUAUAUCCGCCGAGGUCGUAAAUUCGCGCUUGCGUGUGGUGACCUUGUCCUUUGCUACUGGCGUGGACUACAUCUUCGCCUGGCUCACCUCCUUUUGUUCCCCGUACUUCAUCAAUCCGACUGCCUUGAAUUGGGGGGCUAAAUACUGCUGGAUCUGGGCUGCGUCGAACGCCUUGACAUUCGCUGUCUUUUGGUUCUUCUUGCCAGACAUGAAAGGCAGAUCUUUGGAAGAGAUAGACGAACUCUUCGAGAAGCGGGUGCCUGCAAGAAAUUUCCAAACAUUUGAGUGCCAAUCUUCUUCGCAGGCUCACGAUAUCGUUCUGCACAAGAUGGAAGAAGCAAAGGUAGCUGUUCAGCAUAUCGAGAAGGGCGAUUAA